AUGUCAAUCAAAUAAGAAUUAAAUAGUAUAUUAGAAAUUAAUUUAAAAGAAAUAGAGAAACAUUUAGAUGUAUAUAUUUAUUAAUUUAAUACUUUUAGUGUUCUUUUGAUAAAAUUAACAAUUUUAUAGAUUAAAUAUUCAUUCUAGACUUUCCAAUUUAAAAGUUUAAUAAUCAACAAUAAGAAUCAUAAUUACCAAAAGUUAAUGAAUUCAAAUUAAUUGAUUAAUCUUAAUUUUAAUCAUAGAUUAUUUAAGAAUUGCAACCAUUAAUAAAUAAUUAAAUUAAACAUUAACUAUAAAUUUAAUUAUAAUAAAAUUAAGAUCAUUAAUAAUAAUAGUAAUAAUAAUAAUUAAUUCAAUCUUAAUUUAAUAUUAAAUCAUUUAAUUAUUAGAUAAUUAAUCAUAAUUCUAUUAAAUAAAAACAAGAAUAUUGUUGUGCAGUUGCUUUUAAUAAAGUUUGCUCAAUUGUAGCAGCUGGAUGUAACAAUUUAAUAAAAAUAUAUGAAUUCAAACAAGGAAUGUUGAAAUAAAAUCAAAUCUUAAAUGAUCAUAACAAUUUGGUUAGCACUUUAAAUUUCAUGAAAAAAUCCAAUUAGUUUAUAUCUGGAGAUAAUAAUGGAUUUAUUAUGAUAUGGUAGAAUAAUAAUAAUAAUAAUAAUAAUUAAUGGAUUUGUUCAUAAACACUUAAAGCACAUAAUGAUCGUAUAAAUUGUUUAAUUAUGAAUAAUAAUGAAGAUACUAUAAUAUCUAGUAGUAAUGAUUUUACUAUUAAGUUUUGGAUUAAACAAAAUGAAUGGAUCUGUUAAUAAACUAUUACAGAUCAUAAACAUUAGGUUUAUUAAUUAAAUAUAAAUGAAUAAUAAAAUAAAGUUAUUUCAUGUGGACGGGAUCAAUUAAUAUUAAUAAUAGAAUAUUCAGAAUAUAAUAAAAAGUGGAUGGUAAUAUAAAAUAUGAAAGUUGAUUGUUAAGGAUAUCGAUUAUGUUUUAUCAAUGAUAAUCUUUUCACAUUUCAACCAAAGAAAGGCAAUUUAAUGCACAUUUAUGAGAUGAAUAGUGUAAGUAAAUAAUUCAUUAAAACUAAAAAUAUUACUGUAAAUCAAGGUGAUGAUGGUUGUGCAUUUUUCCCAUAAUAAUAUAUAAAAUCAAAAUAGUUACUUGUUAGUAAGCAUAAUUAGAAUAUCAAUUUAAUAAGAAAGCUAGAAAAUGAUGAAUUUAAAGUUGAAUAAUCUAUUUAAUUUGGUAGUAAUUGUUUAUUUGGAUAAAUAAGUGAUGAUGGAGAGUAUUUGAUUACUUGGGAUCAUUCAUCUAAAGAAAUAUAAAUUAGAAAAUACACAGAAGAAUGA